UGUGACAGCGCUGCAGCUAUGAGUGGAAUUUUAAAGAGGAAGUUUGAAGAAGUCGACGGCUCCUCACCCUGCUCCUCUGUGCGAGAGUCAGAUGAUGAAGUUUCCAGCAGUGAAAGUGCUGACAGUGGGGACAGUGUCAAUCCAUCCACUUCUAAUCAUUUUACCCCUUCCUCUAUCCUCAAGAGGGAGAAGCGGCUGAGGACAAAGAAUGUGCAUUUCAGCUGUGUCACUGUGUACUACUUUACCAGGAGGCAAGGCUUCACCAGCGUGCCCAGUCAGGGGGGCAGCACGCUGGGCAUGUCCAGCCGUCACAACAGCGUGCGCCAGUACACACUUGGUGAAUUUGCCCGGGAGCAGGAGCGGCUUCACCGGGAGAUGUUGAGGGAACACCUCAGGGAAGAAAAACUGAACUCCUUAAAAUUGAAGAUGACGAAGAAUGGCACCGUGGAGUCUGAGGAAGCGAGCACCCUCACGGUGGAUGACAUUUCUGAUGAUGACAUUGAUUUGGACAACACGGAGGUAGACGAGUACUUCUUUCUUCAACCCCUGCCCACAAAGAAGCGGAGAGCGCUGCUGCGAGCCUCCGGCGUGAAGAAGAUUGAUGUGGAGGAGAAGCAUGAGCUGCGUGCCAUCCGCCUGUCACGAGAGGACUGUGGCUGCGACUGCAGGGUGUUCUGCGACCCGGAAACGUGCACCUGCAGCCUCGCAGGCAUUAAGUGUCAGGUGGAUCGGAUGUCUUUCCCCUGUGGCUGCACUAAGGAAGGCUGUAGUAACACCGCAGGUAGAAUCGAAUUUAAUCCUAUCCGUGUCCGGACUCACUUUUUGCACACCAUAAUGAAACUUGAACUGGAGAAAAACCAAGAGCAGCAAAUCCCCGGGCUGAACGGCUGCCACGCCGAGAUAAGCGCCCACGGCAGUGCCAUGGGCCCGGUCGCUCACUCCGUGGAAUAUGCCAUCGCAGACAAUUUUGAGAUUGAAACCGAGCCGCAGGCCGCCGUGCUGCACCUGCAGUCGGCGGAGGAAUUGGACUGCCACGUGGAAGAGGAGGAGGAGGAGGAGGAGGAAGACGGCAGCAGCUUCUGCAGCGGUGUCACGGAUUCCAGCACGCAGAGCUUGGCGCCCAGCGAAUCAGACGACGAAGAGGAAGAGGAGGAGGAGGAAGAGGAAGAGGAGGAAGAGGACGACGAGGAGAAAGGAGACAGCUUCGUGGAAGGUCUGGGCGCGCACGCUGACGUUGUCCCCCUUCCCUCGGUCCUCUGUUACUCCGAUGGCACCGCUGUGCACGAGAGCCACGCAAAAAAUGCUUCCUUUUAUGCCAACUCCUCAACGCUGUAUUACCAAAUAGACAGCCACAUUCCAGGAACUCCCAGCCAGAUCUCGGAGAACUAUUCAGAAAGAGAUACUGUCAAAAAUGGUACCCUCUCGUUGGUGCCUUAUGCGAUGACGCCGGAGCAGUUUGUUGACUACGCUCGACAAGCAGAAGAGGCCUACGGUGCCUCCCACUACCCCGCCGCCAACCCCUCCGUGAUCGUUUGCUGCUCCUCUUCAGAAAAUGAUAGCAGUGUGCCCUGCGGUGGCUUAUAUCCCGAACACAGGUCCAACCAUCCGCAAGUGGAAUUUCACUCAUACUUGAAAGGCCCCUCUCAGGAAGGGUUUGUCUCUACAUUGAAUGGUGACAGUCAUAUUUCAGAGCAUCCUGCUGAAAAUUCCUUGAGCCUUGCAGAAAAGAGCAGAUUGCAUGAGGAGUGCAUCAAAUCACCCGUGGUGGAGACCGUCCCUGUCUAG